AUGCAACUUCAUCCUUUUCACUUGGUCGAAUACAGACCUUGACCAUUACUUAAUUCUUUUGGAAUCUUAUGUAUACCAGUAGGAUUAGUUUACUACAUUCGAGGGGGAAGAAUAACUCUUCUCUUACUUGGGUUAGUAGCUGUAGCUAUUAUUUCUUUCCUUUGAUGACGAGAUGUUACUCGAGAAUCUACACUACAAGGACUUCACAGUUCAUAUGUAGUUAAAGGACUAAAAGUAGGAGUUUUCCUAUUUAUUGUCUCAGAAGUUUGUUUCUUUUUCGCCUUUUUUUGAGCAUAUUUUCAUAGAAGGUUAGCUCCAUCAGUAGAGAUUGGAUCUACAUGACCUCCUGUUGGAAUUGCCACUUUGGAGACAUUCCAAGUUCCGCUUCUUAAUACCUCAGUAUUACUUUUAUCAGGUGUUAGAAUUACUUGAGCCCAUCAUAGAAUUGAAGAAGGUGAUCACAAAAAUGCUAUGCAAGGAUUAGGAUUAACCCUAGCCCUAGGAUUUUAUUUUGUGUUUCUACAAUACGGGGAAUAUAUAGAGACAUCAUUCUCUAUCGCAGAUAGUGUAUAUGGUUCAACUUUCUUUAUUGCUACAGGAUUCCACGGACUCCAUGUAAUUGUAGGGGCUACUUUCCUUACAGUUUGUUUCAUGCGAUUAAUCUUAAUACAUUUUGAUAAAAAACAUCAUGUAGGAUUCUUAGCUGCUGCCUGAUACUGACACUUUGUAGAUGUCGUUUGAUUAUUUCUUUAUGUAAGAAUUUACUGAUGAGGAUCUU